AUGAAAGGCUGCCUGCUCCUGCCCCUUCUCCUGCUGGGGACAGUUUCUGCUCUCUACCUGGAGAAGGAUGCCUCCCAUAUGGGCAGUCCGCAGACACAGGCAGACCUGAGCCAGGAUCUGGAAGGCUCAGGGGGGCAGGAAGGAGAGCUGGCUCUGAGUGGUGAGGUGCUUGAUUCGGGGGGAGAGCAGGCCGAGGACGCCCAUGAUGAUGAGGGGGAUUCAGACCCAGAUGACUUAGAUGAGGAUGUGCAGUGCCCCAAGGAAGAGGAGACAGUGCGACUUCUGGGGACGCCUGCAUGCAAGAGCUGCCACUACCUGAUGGUACAAACACCGAACAUAUUUAGGAAAGCUCAGAGCAUCUGCAGGAAGUGCUACCGAGGCAACCUCGUCUCCAUCCACAACCUCCUCUUCGAUAAUCGCAUCUCGCGCUGGGCCAGAAGGAUCAAACAAGCAAAGGUCUGGAUCGGCGUCAUCAUCAAGCUCUGGUCCAUAUACAACACAUUUCGCUGGACAGAUGGGAGUCGCUGGAAUUUUGGAUACUGGGCCCGAGGGCAGCCUGGGAAUGGGAGAGGCCACUGCGUGGCCCUGAGCACCAGAGGGGGUCACUGGCGACGAGCUUCAUGCAAGUGGCGGCUGCCUUUCGUCUGCUCCUACUAA